AUGACGCUUCUGUCGGUAUCUUUUAGGAACCAGCCAGUGGCCGACAGUCCGCAUGGCCGAAUUGGGAUUUUAUCUUGGAAAAAAGCAUUCGACCUAGACCUUCGGACCGGGGGUCGGGCGGCCAAACGUCUUGGUCCCGGUAUCGACACUCGGAGAUGGCCGACAAUACGGUUACGAGAAGGUAGCCAACGGUCGGCCGGAUUCCAGACAGCAUAUAAGAGCAUAUAUUCAAUUUAUCGAUAA